AUGACUAAACAAAGGAAAGAACCCAACACAAAACCUCUGAAAGAAUGGAAGAGACACAGACUGCAAGAGAUAACAAAGAAAACGGGCCCUCCAGAGAGCUGGCGCCAAGGUCCGAUAAUCCUUCUGGGGAACCAACCUUGUGCCUCCCGGAGAUCCACGUGCCCACCUGGAAACACGUGGGAAACCAAGCCUCCAAAAACACGCUGCCUCCUAGCAAUACAGUGGGAAUAUCUGAAAGGGACUCCAAAUGGAAAUAGUACCCCUCUCCCCUCCGCACCUCCUCCUGCACCACCCGGCCUGAAGUCACACCCUCCUCCUCAGGGGAAGCAGUAG